AUGCUAAACUUCUCUGGUCAAACUAAGCGGCGAAAUGUCAAUUUGGGUACCAGAGCAGCGAGAUCGAAACAAGAUCUUCUAAGUCAAGCAAGCAAGGAGCGAGAAAAACGAGCAUUGGCAAGGAGAGAUGAUGAAAGUGCACUGUUGAUUCAAAAAUCCAUUAGACGACAUUUGAGCAACAGAACCUUAUUCAAGUUUUUAAUUACAGACCUGAACUCAUCAAAAGCCGUUAAGCUGACUACUGCCUAUGGACAGUCACUUUUCCCUUUUUUAGAAGACCAUGAGUUAGUUGAGAUUCUGCAGAAAGUAAUCAACAAGGGACAAACUGCUUUAAAUGAAAGCCUGUGUCGAAUGGUAAGAGCUCUUGGAACCCGGAGCUCAACGGAGGAUCUUUUCAUGGCGGUUUGGGCCGCGUUUAACAUCAAUUGUUCCACAGGAACUGAGUUUGUAUCAGCAAUUGUGGACUUGGUGACAUCUGCGCCCUAUGCCAUUCCUGAAAAAGCCCUGGAUGGACUUGUACAGCUCAUAGAAGACUUUGGGAUUCCACAAGAUAGCCGGGUAGUAUCUCUUUUGGGGAUUCCUCGCAAAGACGUGCAAAAGGCGGAAAACCUUCAAUAUUUCUUGCUUGCGCUGGGGCUGAAGUGCUCUCUAGAAAAAAUUCCCAUCAAUUGGGCUACGCCUUACCUGAUAGAGAAUUUGUCGUGUUUGUUUAUUAACCUCCCUGUGGAGCGACGGGAGAACUACUGUCAUUAUAUUGUCAACUGUUUACCAUUGGUUGACGAAGGAGCGUUGAAAGAUGCCACUUAUUUCAAGGAGUUAUACACAAGAGAUUUCGUGGAUAUGAUUAUGUUGUCCGAGCUCGAGAAAGUGUUCAGCAUGCUCUCAACUUUCAUAAGCCGCGCACCGACCGUGGACUGUAAAAACACCGUUUUGGUUGGCUUAGUAGCAAGACCUCAGUUUAUGGUUCAGGCUCAUAAAGCUAUUUUCAUCUCCUCUGGAAGUAGUAUUAUUCCUAGAACUGGAGCUUUACUUCUAGUUGAAAUGCUUAACAUUUAUUUGUCAGUUGCCAGCGAUUUUGAAAUCAUGCAUAACACCGAAUCUUACCCGCUGAACUAUCUGUUGGAAAUGACGGAUUACCUGAAGCUUGUAUGCUUUAAAAGUCUUUGGGAUUUGGAAGAAGAGAGCCAUGCUCUUCCUGAUACGUUUUUGAAGACACUCAAAAAGAUUCAUGUUCGAGACUCGAGAUUAAAUUUCUCUCCCCGUUCAAUGGAUUCUGAUUAUUGGAGUGUGACUGAUGUCAAUUUUGUUAGUAUCAACAUUACAAAAUACAUUGAAGAUUACGAAUCUUUUUAUCGUAGCCGUGUUGAUGACCUCGAGAUAAGAGAUGAAGAUGUUGAUGGUAUGCAACUUUUUGAGAUUAAGCGAGAGCUACGAUACGAAUUUUUAAUUGAGGUUCAAAAAUCGUUUGGAAAUCGAGCAACUACGAGACAAUUCAGGAAAUUGAAUGUACUUUCACAGGCGCCCUUUUUCAUACCUUUUCAGCAACGGGUAGAAUGGCUCUAUUUUCUUAUUUCGCUAGACCACAAGCGUCUGAAUAUAGAUGGUAACGAUAUCUCGAGCAUGUUUGCUCCUUGGCAUGCCAAUUCCCCUUCCUCGAAGCAGACUGCCACAAUUUCUCGGGAGCACCUUUUAGAAGAUGCUUUCAAUGCCUACAACCCUAUUGGUGAAAAUUUCAAAUCAAAGCUUUCUGUUACGUUCGUUAGUGAGUUUGGGCCAGAAGCAGGUAUCGAUGGCGGAGGAAUCACAAAGGAAUUCUUAACUAGUGUCUCAGAUCAAGGAUUUAAAGAUGAAAAGUAUCAUCUUUUUGAGGAAAAUGAGCACCAUGAAAUUUACCCCUCAGCCAGCAUACAUUCUUCGAAACACCUCAAAUACCUUUGGUUUCUGGGGAAAGUUCUGGGCAAAUGCCUAUACGAUCAUGUAUUGAUUGAUGUAACGUUUGCCGAUUUCUUUCUGAAGAAGCUACUAAACGUGAACCAAAUGAAUUCAUCUUUUGAUGAUCUCGCUAGUUUUGACGCCUCUCUUUAUACCAAUUUGGCGCGGUUAAUCAAGAUGAACUCCAGCGAGUUACAAGCGUUAGGAUUGAGGUUCGAAAUAACUGACAACGAAUCGUUGCAGACCGUAGACUUAAUACCCAGCGGCGCAGAUACAGCUGUAACCAAAACAAAUGUCCUGCAAUAUUUGCUUGCCGUGGCAGAUUAUAAACUGAACCGGAAGUUACGCCUCGGCACCCGCUCCUUCACUGGCGGACUCUACACCAUCGUUCCACCACAUUGGCUUGAAAUGUUUAGCUCAAUCGAGCUUCAGAUGCUGAUUUCCGGAGGAGGAAAGGACAUAGAUCUCACUGAUCUUCACAAACACACAGAAUAUGGCGACUAUUCUGAGCAAGAUCAGACCAUUAAGGAUUUCUGGUCCAUUUUGGCUGAUUUUGAUUCCCAAGAUCGACUGAAAUUUGUUAAGUUUGUCACAUCUGUUCCGAGAGCUCCUUUGCAAGGAUUCAGGGCUCUUAAUCCUCUUUUUGGAAUACGAAACGCUGGCUCCGAUGUGACCAGACUUCCAACGGCAUCAACUUGUGUUAAUUUGCUCAAAUUGCCCGACUAUCAGAACCGUGAGCUAUUGAAAACAAAGUUGCUAUAUGCAAUCACUGCAGAGGCAAGGUUUGAUCUAUCGUGA